CUGAACAUUUACUUUGUUAACAAUUUAUACCUCUCUAUUCGUUUUCUGUAUGCUUUUGUUCUACCAAUAAUUUAACUGUCCUUUCUUUGUCAACAAUGCAUGCUUGUACAUUCUUUUCUGUUUUGACGGUAACACAGCUGCUAUAGGUGACCUUGCAUUGUCUAUAUGCUCCUAUUCUAUUGGUUUGCGUAUUCCAACCGUAGUCUAUUAACAUAACAAUUACAUAAGAUUUUCUAACGGUGUAUCUACAAGUUCUGCUAUCUCAGUAAGUUACUUAUCAUGAGAGCAUAGAAUAGUGUGCGUUACACGAGCAAUCAUUAAGAUUUUAAGCCUAAAUAAACUUGUCGGUUAAUUUUCCACCAUACCUAUGUUAGAAUAAUUUCCUUGUUUCUGUCAAACAGUGAACAUAAUCAGAAAUGAAAGUACAAGUGUGUUAAAACAUGAUAUCAUGUUGAAAUAUACACGAGCUCAAGAUUAAUAAGAAGUUUUCUGUAAAGCAUUCCACUUGAUCUCUAAAUACCAAUAGUGGAAGGAGCUAUGUUCAUUUACUCGAAGAAUACCCUUUUAGAAUGGCCAGGACUAUUUUGGAUUUCUGCAUACAGAAAUUCUCAGCGCUUUGAUUAGAAUCCCCUGCGCUUGUAACAGAUUGAAAUGGAAUUCUUAUGCUGAUUUUAAUACUUGUCCUUUUUAUUAAUUAAAAUUACAUGCAUCUGUCAUGUAUCAUGAUUCGACAAAGGCUACCAAAUCUUAAUGGUGUUAGAAAUGGCAAACAUUUCAUGUUCACACUCAUCAUUGGUAUGAUAUUUGGAUUUCUCUCAGCAUGCCUUUUAAUAACAUCUACAAAAGAUGUGCCAUAUAUGUUUAAUUGGUUUCCUGGUGGUUUCAUAGUCUCCAGAGACCCGCAUCAUUACUCAGAACUGGAAUCAGAAGUUGGACCAGAGGCAGAGGUAAAAUUCCAUGGCAGAGAUGAAGAUUUCCAUAAAGACGAGGACAGAGUUGCACAAGAUAUCGCAAAGAAAGUGCGCGUUCUUUGCUGGAUCAUGACUGGUCCAAAGAAUCAUCAAAGUAAAGCUCAACAUGUGAAAGCAACAUGGGGCAAACGCUGCAAUAUCCUUUUAUUUAUGAGCUCUGCUGAAGAUGCAAAUUUACCUACAGUUGUUCUGCCAGUAAAAGAAGGAAGGGACAACCUAUGGGCAAAAACCAAAGAAGCAUUUAAGUAUGCUUACGAAAAGUACAAAGAUGAAGCUGACUGGUUUCUGAAAGCUGACGACGAUACGUACGUAGUGGUCGAGAAUCUACGGUACAUGCUGUUGUCUUAUAGUCCAAGUUCGCCUCUGUACUUCGGCUGUAGAUUCAAACCGUUCGUGAAGCAAGGAUACAUGAGUGGAGGGGCAGGAUAUGUGCUUAGCAAGGAGGCUUUGCGAAAAUUCGUAGAAGAUGCUCUCCAUGACAAGGACAAGUGUCGUUCGGACAGUGGAGGCGCCGAAGACGUGGAAAUGGGCAAGUGCCUGGAGAAGGUCGGAGUCAAAGCCAUGGACACUCGCGAUCCUUACGGUCGCGGUAGAUUCUUCCCUUUCGUGCCAGAACAUCACUUAAUUCCCAACCACGUGGACAAGAAUUUCUGGUACUGGAAUUACAUUUACUACGAUACCAAAGAUGGCCUCAAUUGUUGCUCCGAUAGCGCGGUAUCGUUUCAUUACGUGUCGCCUAAUAUGAUGUACGUUCUUGAAUACUUAAUUUACCACUUAAGGCCGUACGGCAUCACGCAUGCCGUGGAGAAACUUACUAUUGAUAAAUCGACUACUGUAUCGAUUGAAUACUAGUCUAUAUACCUUUUUAAUUGUAACACUGUGAGCGACGAUGGGCGAAUUUCUGCAAGUUUAAAGCGUUAUCAGACAUUCGAUGGUUUCAUCGAAACUAAAAUAUUUGCAAAACUCGAAACAGUAUUAGUACACCUACAUUAAACAAAUUUUCCAUGCGAUAAGAUAUAAAGUUACUUAAAACGCCCAUCGCUAUCUAUAAGCACCAAUAAUAAUUCUUUACACUUUUUGAUGUUUUCAUUGUACAAUGCUAGUCUAUUCAGGCCAACGAAUUAAACAUUAAAUUUAUUUACCGAAAUAUAAAACAUUUCAUAUAGAGAA